CGCUCGUUUGGCGAUUUUGUAGAAGGCAGUGGGGCAGAACCUACCACCGCACUGAGGUAUAAUAAGAACGGACAGGACAGCCAUUUUAUUAUAAUAACAACAUCCAUGAUCCAUCCGAAAUUACAAUAACAUAUUUGGAUUCCAGCGCAACCAUGGGCCAGUGUGGGAUUACUUCAUCCAAGACCGUCCUGGUGUUUCUGAAUCUAAUAUUCUGGGCUGCAGCUGGAAUUCUGUGUUACAUUGGAGCCUAUGUGUUCAUCACAUAUGAUGACUAUGACCACUUCUUUGAGGAUGUGUACACCUUGAUCCCAGCGUCCAUUAUAAUAGCAGUCGGGACUCUGCUGUUUAUCAUUGGGCUGAUUGGAUGCUGUGCCACAAUACGGGAAAGCUCCUGCGGACUAACAGCUUUUGCUGUCAUUCUCCUGCUGGUGUUUGUCACAGAAGUUGUUGUGGUUGUUAUUGGCUAUAUCUACAGAGCUAGGGUGGAAGAUCAGGUGAACCACUCCAUUCAGAAGGUGUAUGAUGAAUACAAUGGCACCAACACAGAUGCCCCCAGCCGAGCCAUCGACUAUGUGCAGAGACAGCUCCACUGCUGUGGCAUUCACAACUACUCUGACUGGAGGAAUACUCGCUGGUUCAAGGAGUCCAGAAACAACAGUGUUCCAGUCAGCUGCUGUAAACCCAACAUCAGCAACUGUACUGGAACCAUGAGCCGGCCUGGUGACCUCUACCCAGAGGGCUGUGAAGCUCUUGUUGUGAAAAAGCUGAAAGAAAUCAUGAUGUAUGUCAUUUGGGCUGCUCUGACCUUCGCUGCAAUACAGAUGCUGGGGAUGCUGUGUGCCUGUGUGGUGCUCUGCAGGAGGGGGCAUGACCCGGCCUAUGAGCUACUGGUCACUGGCGCAACCUACGCAUGAGGAGGACACAGGCCCCGCCCGCACCAAGGGCUCCACCAAUAAGAAUAAAGAAACAAAGCCUCACCUGACAUGUCCACAAUUUGUAGUUUCCAGUAGUAGUAAGCUCAAGCACCCCUUGCACGGGAUAACUAUUGGGUAUAAACUGGUGAUUUUUUUUUGGGGGGGGGGUCUGUGAAAAUAGUUAUUUAUUGAACAUGCUUUGUACAUUAUUUUUAUUUUAAAUGUGUUUUUUUUAGACACUAUGGAACGCCUAAGGCCAAAGUUGUUAAAUGGUGAAUUGAUGUUUUUCUUUUGCUCAUGAAAUGCAGCCUUGUCUAUUUUCUUUUCCCUUUUGGGGCACAAGGGAUGAUUAGGGGCUCUUUAUUGAAGAAAACUACUGCUCAGUGCAAUAUGUGGAAUGUACUCCUGUCUCAUGUCAUUUUGCACUAUGACUAGAGCUCUGGAGGUAUUUAAGGAAUAUUUAAUCAUGUGAAGAUUAGAAGUACCUUUAUCUAAGAGGGACCCUGUAGUUUACCACUAAAUUGUGAGUCAGUCAACCCAUCUCCAGUCUCCAUUUAUAUGUAGUAUAGAGGUACUUUACCAGUGUUACCUAAGACCCAUGUGUAGAUAGAGCUUUGUGUUACAACUUGGUACAUAUGUAGGUGUUUUCUGACACACACAUUCUAAUACCAAGUAUGAAAGGGAAGGGGUGAAUCUCAAUUGUCUUUUCUUGAUUCUUGUCCUCUCCUUGCCUCCUUUUUAAAAUACAUGGAGGAGAAGAUCCAAGUGGAGAAACUUCAGAUCUGUGCAUUGAGAAGCUGAGGAGGGAGGACAUGAGGAAUACAAUUGAGAUUCAACCCUGCCUGGGAAUUUGAUGUAAACCACCAAAGAAUUGGGGCUGUGACUGAGGGAGUCGCGUUUGUUUUGUGUUUUUGUGACAUUGUGUAUUAUUUUUCAAACGGAAGUUGAUAUUUAGACUUGUAGCAUUGUAGAAAAUAAUGUGAAACAAAAUCAUGUAAAUAGAUUGGGGAGAGGAAAGAACUUUGAUUGAAAUAAACCUACAUUUAAACUAAAACAUGUUUUAUUGUUCACUGAGGAACUGAAGCACCACUUUUCAAUGUAUCCAAACUAAGGAAACUUCAAAGUAAACAUUACAUAUUUUAUCAAAUACUAAAUAAUAUAUACAAUACAGUACAGCUGUCUUGAUUGGUCUUGAUUCAGAUACUCUUCUACUUUCUCUCGUAGCUCACUUCUCAGGUUGGUGUAGACACACAUAUUUAUAAUUGAUACAGUUUGAUUAGUUUUCUGUAUGGUAUCUGAGAUUCUCUACAGUGCUGUGAAAAAGUAUUUGCCCCCUUUCAGAUUUUUACGUUUUCAUGUUUUUGAUACUGAAAGUUCAGAUCUUCAACCAAAACCUAAUUUUAGAUUAAAGGGCCGGAGAUUACAAAUGACAACAAAUUAAUAUUUAUUUUACUUGUUUAAUAAAGUUGUACACCACCCAA